AUCCGCCGUCUGUGCUUUCCUGCUUCCUGUUUCCUGUAUGCUGCGCCUUUCUAAAAAAUGGAAUAUUGUUUACUUUUUUUAACGCCCGUCUUUACAAACUGUCACCGUUUACGGGGAAAUACACAGACCAGAGUGUAUCAGGAGGGAACAGUAGUGCUGUCAGAGCGCCCACCAUGUUGUUAUCUCAGCUGCCAGAGGAUGUUCUCUAUCAUAUCUUAUCUUAUUUGGACUACAGAUCUCUCAGUCGCCUGUGUCAAGUUUGUAAAACUAUUUACCACUUUGUAAACCGGGAUGCUGUGUGGAGGAAUAUUGCAAAAGAGUUUUUAAACACUGGAAUUACCCGGACUGGGACGGACAUAUAUUGUCACAUCCCAUUGAAAGAGAGAGUGAAAAUAGCUCAAAACUGGCGUGAUGGCGCCUGCAAAAGGGCUGUUCCUCUUAAAUGGAAAACAAAACUGUUGCCAUGGCUGCAGCUGGAUGGAGAUGUCCUGCUUUUGUCUCAGGCUGCUGAUAUUGGAGCGUACCAUCUGCAGCAAAAAUCUGGGAGGCUCCAGCGAAACCCAUUUAAAAUCUACUCUGGCCAAAAGGGUGAUGUCUGUCGCUUUGUUCUGACGGACUCUCACCUGAUCAGUGGUGGAAGUGAUGGCAAGAUCCUGGUCCACAGCAGGAGGAGAGACAUUUCAGUGGAGUUAUCAGGUCAUAACCAAGAAGUGAACUGCCUGGACUCUAAAGAUGGACUCAUCAUCAGUGGAUCCAGAGAUCGAACAACACGGAUUUGGACUUUGACUUCAAACUGCCCCAGGGACAUAAUUCCCAUGUAUGACAGAGUGUGGUCUGUUGCUAUUAGUCCUGCACUGAGCUCCUUUGUAACAGGCACUGCAUGCUGUGAGAACUUCUCCCCUCUUCGCAUCUGGGAUGUUGAACGGGUGGAGUGUGUGUGCAUUCUGGGCUCACAGUUUCGCCGUGGGGCUGGUGUGUUGGACAUGGUGUUUGAGUCUCCGUUCCAGCUCUUUACCUGCGGCUAUGACACCUUCAUUCGACUGUGGGACCUGCGACUCAAUCCACGGAAGUGUGUGAUGGAGUGGGAGGAGCCUCAUGACAGCGCUCUGUACUGCAUCCAAACAGAUGGAAAUCACAUGAUAGCCAGUGGCUCCUCAUACUACGGUGUUGUACGACUCUGGGACAAACGGCAGUCUGAAUGUCUGCAGUUCUUUCAGCUGAGUUCAGACCCAGCGAGCAGCCCAGUUUACUGCUUGAGGUUCAGCAGCUCUCACCUGUAUGCGGCCCUGGCCACCUCCCUGCACUCCCUGGACUUCAGCCAGACCCCCAUCUGCAUCAGAUGAUAAACACACAAACACUGUUCAUAUUUGUCUGUACAAUAAAGCUGUCUAGUUUCGCAAUAAAUGUUUUCAGAAUUUCAAA